AUGGCUCUCUCUCCCCGUAUCGCUGUCGUCCAAUGGCAAAUUAAGGAACUCGAUUUGGAGUACAACCAUAGCACAGCAUGCAAUUAUAUCCGCCAGGCUGCCGCUGAGGGCGCUGAGCUUGCGGUCCUUCCCGAAUACCACCUCAAUGGCAUGGUCCCUGACGAUCCUCUAUGGGCCACUCAAGCCGGCGAGUCUCCCAAAUAUCUGGCCAACUACCAAGCCCUGGCCAAAGACCUCAAAAUCUGCCUUGUUCCCGGCACCAUCAUCGAAAAGCACAGCGGCCCAAACAACACCACCCUCUUCUAUAAUGUUGCCUACUUUAUCUCAAACGACGGUUCAAUUCUAGGCUCCUACCGCAAGAAGAACAUCUGGCACCCCGAGCGCCCCCAUCUCACCUCCUCGGCCCUGGAGCACCAUGUCGCAAUCGACACCCCGAUCGGCCGCGUCGGCAUGCUGAUCUGCUGGGAUCUUGCAUUCCCCGAAGCAUUCCGCGAGCUGAUUGCCGACGGCGCGCAAAUCAUUAUCACGCCCACCUACUGGACACCGCACGACGCAUCGCCCGAAGCCCGCGUAUACAACCCAGACUGCGAAGCCCUCUUCCUCGAAACAACCAUCACAUCCCGCUGCUUCGAGAACACCUGCGCUGUUGUCUUCGCCAAUGCCGCUGGCCCGUCGGAGAAUUUCCUCGGUCUGUCGCAGAUCGCGCUUCCGGUCGCGGGUCCUAUUGCUAAGAUGGGAACUGAGGAGGGCUUUAUCGUUGCGGAUCUAGAUAUGGGUGUGGUUGAAGCUGCUGAGAGGAAUUAUAAGGUUCGUCAGGAUCUCAAGAAGGAUGAUUGGUAUUAUACCUACCGUCACACUGGGAGGUAA